CGAAAAUGGCGAAACUUCCGGGGCAGGACUUUAGGUUUCGAGCGUUUGGUGUCGAGAAUUCCGUCGAAAGGAGAGACCGUCAAGAACACGAGAGUGAACUCGGUUGUCAGGCAAAAAGACGACCCGAUUCGUCAAGUCGGAGACUAGGUGACCUCUUAGAGGCCCCCCGGUCGGCAACGGGAGGUAACGCAGACCGAUUCGACCGCGGAGAUUACCGCCCCUGUCUGCCAGAUGACAACGUCCCGUAUCAAAAACAGGAAGACGGUUGGCAAAAUGAGGAAUCAAACAAAAUUGAUAAUUUAACAAUACACAACAGCAACAACCUCUACACCGAGGAAACUGACCCCGAAAAGAAAAAAUUCGGGGCGGACAAUCUCCACGAUGAAGUAAAAACUGAAGCCUCUUUCCCCGAGAUUCCGAGCGAAGAAUCGUCUUUCUCGAAGAUGUGGCCGAAUCCGUGGGACUGGCCGACCCCGGUCCGCUUCGAGCGUCCCGUGCCACUGAGGCUGAAUUCGUUCAGACACCUGACCUUCACCGGAAUGUCGCCAGAAGAUAUCAAAAAGGCGAAGGAGCGCUCAAGGCGGUCUCAGGAGGAGAGCAGCAGCUCCGCGGGCGUCAGUGCGGAGAGAGCCAAGGCGCGCCCGUGGAACGAUUACCUCCUGAACAAAUUCAACAAGGGCGGCCACGGUGCGCAGAAGAAGAAGAAGACGAUGAAGUUCAAGCUGGCGUACGACGACGCCAACUGCGAGUGCACGCUCAUCCCGUGCCAGAAAUCUGGCCAACCGAAACCAAACACGAACAAAACGUGAGGCUCUGUUAUCCUUAAGUCGUCAUUAUAUAGCAUUGUGAUACUAAAGUCAUCAUUAUAUAGGACUGUGAUACUAAAGUCAUCAUUAUGUGGCAGUGUGAUACUAAAGUCAUCAUUGUGUAGCAUUUUGAUACUAAAGUUAUCAUUAUAUGGCAUUGUUAUACUUAAGUCGUCAUUUAUAGCGAUAUCAUCAAAAGUCAUCAUCAUAUAGCACUUUUAUAUCAAAGUCAUCUUUUAUAGCAUUGCAACGCACCCAUUUUUCCCCUGACGGCACAGCUAGAAUUUUUCCAGAUUCCUGCGACACUUGAAAACUUGUCGGGAAAAAGUCCUAAUUGUUUCCACGGUGUUCAAACGUGUCAACGUUUAGAUUUUAAAUAAACAGGAGAAAACAUUUUUUUUUUAGAAACCAAGUUAUGUAAAAAAAAAAAACCGAUAGCACAGAAGUGUGAGGACAAAAUUUCUGUUAAACUUCCUUUUCACUCUCGUGGAGUUUUCGCCACCCAUUGCGUCCAAUGUCUUGGUAGACUAUCACAGGCGAAUGUCUCGCUAAAAUACCACAGUAGAUCGUCUCGUUGAAAUGCCACAGUAGACUGUCACAGCAGACUGUCACAGUAGACUGUCACAGUAGACUGUCACAGUACACUGUCACAGUAGACUGUCUCGGUAGACUGUCUCGGUAGACUAACCGACUCUCUCAGAAAACUAACCGACUGUCUCAUUAAGAUGUCUCAGUAGACUGUCUCAGUAGACUCUGUAUCUUUAGAUCUAGGCCAUAUGUUGUGAGUCAGUUUACAGCAGGGAUGGGGAUGAGGGUCUUAAAGUCGAAGCUCCGACCCAGCUCACUCCGGACAUAUUUUUGUCAGCUCCGCUCCAAGCUCCGGUAAAAGGGGUUGGUUAGGGAUGGCUGGGGAUGGUUAAGGGGUCCUCAGUGUUUGGAAAUGUGUUUGCUAUAGUCAAGUAAUCCAAUAUAUUUACUAGGAAUUAGAAAUGCAUGUGCAGGCAACGUCGCUGGUGGAAGAGUGGAGCAACAUAGCUGGUAGAAGAGUGGGGAAACAUAGAUGGUAGAAGAAUGUUGCAACAUGACUGGUAGAAGAGUGGGGGACAAAUUGUGGAUCAUCCACAGAUGGUAGAAGAACAGUAAAACAUAGUUGUAGAAGAGUAGAGCCACUUGUCUGUGUGAAGAAUGGGGCAACAUACCUGAUGGAAGAGCUAGACAUCAUUUUAAAAAAAAAUAAAGUUAAUAAAUGAAAACGUAAAAUAAAUUAUAAUUUUUAAAAAUUUUCAAAUUACUUCAUUAAAUUUUUUAGAGCUCAGAUCAGUAAGAAAGUUUGCCAUUUCCGGGCAAAGGGAACCUGCUUCAGCGCUCCGAGCUCCACUCCAAAUCCAUGGUUAACAGAUUUAUUUUGAAUUCAGAGGUGACGGCACACCGACUGUCGAAGUGUGCAGCAGUAGCCAAUCAGACUCAAACACCGACAUCACGCAGAAACAGAGACGAGUGACCGUGCGCAUGCGCAAGAUUUUGCCGCCACCGCAGCCCAAGAAGCUGUGCUUCCAGACGAUGCUGUCGGGCUGCACGCAUUCAGAAGUCAGACGGGAAAUCGAGACGCAGGCCAAUGUCAAGGUUACCCUGCUACAGUACGACCCCAUCAGACUUCAAGCAUUCAAGAAUGCUUCACUCAGUAAGUUAAAAUAUUUUUUUAUUUAUUAUUUUUAUUUAUUUUUUUUUUUGAAUCUGGGUGAGACCGGGUUUUAACCUGGGGGGUGUUUGGUAGUGAAGAUGAAAAGGUUUGGGGUGUGGUGGUGGCGUUCAUAGUAAUGUACCUAACUUAUUGGUUAAGGGAAAAUGCGCGUAAGAGAAUGCUUGGUUUUGAAGUCAGUGAUAAAUGAAACAUCUUUACUUGAAAUCUGUAGCAGUAGUUCCCAAACCUUAAUCUACAUAUAGUAGUGUGCACCCCCAACCCCACCUUCUAGUGAAACAUUACUCGUAACGUUUUAUUCCAUAUAUACUUUUAUAUAAUGCAGGUUCAUAAUAGUCAUAAUAUGUAAUAUUAAAAUAUCCCUGAAAUAUUAAUUUAUUCAUGACCUGUAAACUGGUUUGAGACCCCCUUAGGGAUUGGGGGCCCUUCCGCCAUUAAGGAGACCGCUGCCAUACAGACUGACGUAAUAUAAUCGAGUUUGUAAAUGUUGGUCGCCGGUUCAUUUGUUAAAACUAGUUGUCAACUGUGACCUUGGACUACUAUUUGCCGAUCAAGCGGUCAAUAAUUUAAUUCUAGACAAGAUUAGUUGUUGUACGUAAUAAUUUUGCCUAUCUCUAUGGAGUCAGUUGGAGAUGAUUGGGCAAAAGAAAAAUUUGUCAAAUAUUGAUUGGACCAGUUGUCAGCUAGAAAAUUUAAUUGAGACAACUAAUCUUUGCAAUGCUAUUACAGUUUUUUUUAAUAUUUAUAUACUUACAUCUUCUAUUAUAUACAUUUUCUGUCAUGAAAUUUUUAUCUGUAACCCAAUCUAAAGAACACACCUGAUGCACAUUAUCUGACAUAUAGCUUGUGCACAUUCAUUUGUACACAGCUGGUACUUAUUCCAUUAUACACAGCUGAUAAAUAUUAGCUUGUACACAGCUCAUACACGCAAUCUCUUACACACAAUCUCUUGCACACGGCUGGUACACAAAAUAUCUUACACACAGCUGGUACACACAAUCCCUUGCACACGGCCAGUACACACAAUCUCUUGCACACCGCUGGUACGCGCCAUCUCUUGCACACCGCCGGUACACGCCAUCUCUUGCACACCGCCGGUACACACCAUCUCUUGCACACCGCUGGUACGCACCAUCUCGUGCGCACGGCUGGUACACACAAUCUCUUGCACACGGCUGGUCCCCACAAUCUCUUGCACACCGCUGGUACGCGCCAUCUGUUGCGCACGGCUGAUACCCAUUUUUCUCGUUGCCAGCCGAAGAGCACUGCUGCAUGUGGAUCUUCGAGCUGUCGCCCCUCUCGAACGCCGAGCACCUCCUCUUCGAGGGCAUCAACCUCCGCGGGUUGCACAUGAACGUCCGGCCGCUCGACGACGUGUACAGGGAGGAGCACAUCGCGUACACGCUGUGCACUGAGAUCUACUCGGAGCAGCAGAAGAAACGGCUGACGCAGAGAAGCAACUUGAAGCUGCCCAGAGCUUGUCGCAAACGGUUCAGCUUCAAAUAACCGCCAUCUAUGGCGCCCUGGGUUGUCGCUUUGUACAAAAAAAAAAAAAAAAAAGUUAUGAAUGACCCUUAGUGUAAGAUAGGAAAAAGUUUAAUUAUAGUUUCGGUUAAGUCAAGUGUUAACACGAUCCAUGGUUGGGUCUGGUUCAGCUUCAAAUAAACGCCAUGUAUGGCGCCCUGGGUUUGCGUUUUGUAAAAAAAAAAAAAAAAAAAGUUAUGAAUGACCCUUAGUGUAAGAUAGGAAAAAGUUUAAUUAUAGUUUCGGUUAAGUCAAGUGUUAACACGAUCCAUGGUUGGGUCAAGGUUUAAGCUUUUUAAGUUUAGGGUCAAAGAUUAAAGAGGGCGGACUAUGCUCGUUCAACGGUUAAGAUGGUCGGGGUAAGGGGAAGAUUUGAGAAGUCUAAGUAAGGUAAACGUUUGAGG